CCAGUCAGCAGACGGCGAUGUGCGUCUUUCAGGCGACGCUGCCAGCGUGACGUAUAAUCUAGUGGACGGUUCUUCAGAAACAGCUGGUCAACCACCUCGGUAGCCUGCUAGACGACAUAGCCGAAAGAUUCAAGCUAUUUAUACGCUUUCGGUGUAUAUUACCUACUAUGUUUUAGACACACUUCUAUCGUAUCUACUUGUUCACCUAUUUAAUUUAAUAUUACGUUAUUUUGUAUUAGUCAGCUAUAGUAAGUAGCUGGCUGGUUAAAUUAACCCUAGCCUAGUCGCUAAUGAUAGCUAGCUAGCUAACAUCCCUGAACAUGAGCUCCCUAAACUACUCCCCUCCUGUUAAAGAAGAGGAGGUCUGUUGGACGGAGGAAGAAGCUCUGGGGCUGAACAUUGUCGUGAAAGAGGAGAAGAAAGAGGAGGAUGUCACAGUAAAAGAAGAAGUAGAGGGUGAGACUGUUACAGUGAAAGAAGAAGCGAAAGGCGUUUCAGUGAAAGAAGAGGAAGACGCGUUCAGAGUGAAAGAGGAGGAGUAUGUUACAAUAAAUGAAGAGGAGGAAGAUAAAGAGGAGGAUGUCGUUUUUGGAGUGAAGGAAGGGGAGAUUACUGUCACAUUGAAAGAUGAAGAGGAGGAGAAAGGAGAUCUGAUUAACACCAGAGAGCGAGGUGACUAUCGUGGAUUCUCUGGGGAGCCUCAACAACCUCAUGAUGCUGACGAGGCAGAGAAGAGUCUCUGCAGAUCAGGACACCCCAAGAAACACCAGCAGAGACCCAAAGGAAAGAAAACUCACCACUGCUCUGACUGUGGGAAGAGUUUUGUUUUCUCAGGACAAUUAAAAUCACACCAGAGAACACACACAGGAGAGAAAUCAUAUAGCUGUGAUCAAUGUGGGAAGAGUUUUACUACAUUUAACAAUCUGAUGAUACACCAGAGAACACACACAGGAGAGAAACCUUAUAGCUGUGAUCAAUGUGGGAAUAGUUUUGUUUCAUCUGGUCUUCUGACUGUACAUCAGAGAAUACAUACAGGAGAGAAACCAUAUAGCUGUACUCAAUGUGGGAAGAGUUUUACUCAGCUAAGCAACCUGAUUUCACACCAAAGAAUACACACAGGAGAGAAACCUUAUAGCUGUACUCAAUGUGGGAAGAGUUUUACUCAGUCAACCAGCCUGAUAUCACACCAGAGAACACACACAGGAGAGAAACCUUAUAGCUGUGAUGAAUGUGGAAAGAGUUUUGCUACAUCUAGCAAUCUGACACUACACCAGAGAACACACACAGGAGAGAAACCUUUUAGCUGUGAUGAAUGUGGGAAGAGUUUUACUACAUCUAGCAAACUGACUCUACACUACAGAACACACACAGGAGAGAAACCUUUUAGCUGUUCUCAAUGUGACAAGAGAUACUAUGAUAAAUGUUCUCUGAUUACACAUCAGAAAAUACAUGCAUGAAGGCGUUGUUUCAUGAUAUCAAUGAAAUUAUGUCACAAUGUUGAAUGUUUAACAAUGUAGAAGGAGUAUUUUAAUGAUGUCACAAUGUAGAACCCUAAAAGUUUGCCCCCUGUUAUAUUGAUUUCAACAUGAUAUGGAUAUUAGCCUCAGGGGGAAAAUCCAGGCUCUGAAUUGAAAGUACUAUUUAUAUGAUUUAACAAAAAGUGAGUAACAAAAAAGUGCUGUCUUACACUUACCAUGUUAGUGGCCAACUUUAAUCACAAGUUACACUUUAAUAAAAAUGUAGUAAGAUGUUUUCUACAAAUUCUCCUCCAACCAGUGAUGUACACAUUACUCUCAGAUUCCGUGUGGUUUUUGAGCUGUUAGUUUUAACAGGACGUGCAACCUCAUCUCCCUCCUCUCGGCACAAUUGAUUUCAACAUGAUAUCGAUGAGUGAUAUCCAAAAUGUAGCUGACUGUCUUCUGCAGAUUGUCCUCUAACCAGUGAGGUGAAAGAUAUCUCCCAUUCCCAUGUGUUUUUUUUAGUUGUGUUAGGUACAACCUGAUUUUCCCCCCUAAUUGAUUUCACUGAUUUAUUGCCACAUGCCAAAACAACAGCGUUUCUGGUUCUUGUGCAGUACGUAAGAUGCCUGUUUAAAAAAUACAAGUAAUAUGUAUUAUUGUGGCAGAUGUUUGUGUUUAUAUAGCUCAAUUUAUCACAAACUGUUUCUGCAUAUUGGUUAUUAAUUUGGAAACAUUAAAACUUUGUUUUGACAUUGGGCUAUCCCACCUAGCAAAAUGUAAUUGAAAAGACGUUGAGAAGAAUACUGCCCGAUGUCCAAUAUACGUUCGGUUUUAGUUGAAGUGAAAGUUGAGAAGAUGUCGUUUUUUCAAUUCACUUGCAGCCUAUACACAUGGACGCAGUAUAAUAAAUUGGUCUGUAAUCAAUUUUAUUCGCAUUCUUACAUCACUCCAGUAUUUCUUUGCGACUUUCAAACAUCCCACUGUCGAAGAAGCAUGUCUCAAAUCACCUCAUAUUUCAAACAUUCAGCCUGACAAAAGAUACAUGUUUUAUUAUUCCAUGCCUCACAAUUAAGUUAAUUAUUCCCAAUAUAUAUUAACAAAGGGGUGUACAUUUUGUUUUCAUAUUUACAUUUAGUAAUAAUAAUUAUUUAUGCAACCAACUGACAAUUUUUAGGUACAAUUAUAUUGACAUUGUUAUUCUGCUUUUAGAAUAUCAUUGUUCAUUCUCAGAUGUGCCAAACCAAAUGUACUAGAGAAUGAAUAUUGGGGACUGGGCCCCGAUCCAACAACAUGCCUAUCUAGUGAACCCUGAAAAGAGAGAGAAGCUCUGCAGUGAGGUGGAAAGUUACUACGGAUAUUGCAGGAGUUUCCUCUUGAAAUCAGUGGUAAGGACAACUUGGUUGUUGAUUGUCUUCAGGGGGUGUAGUCAAAAAGUUUUGUGUUUAGCCAGUGCGUUGCCAUGGAUCACAAUUUAUUUUGACUGCAUGUUUUUCCGUAUUGGAGAUGAGUUUUGUUUGGGCUCGUUUCAAGGGGACGAGAGUUCUAGAAGCUAGUGAGUUUUAGGAAGACGAGAGUUCUAGAAGCUAGUGAGUUAAAAAAAUAUAUAUAUUGUAGAAAAAAAAAAAUAUUUAGAAAUGUGUUUUUUCUUGUUUUUAAUUGUUGACAGCCAGUAGACACCAUGUUUAUAUUGUAGAAGGUGAAGCAUUGUAGUUGAUUUUAAUAUGAAUUGGAAGUUGUUUUCUGUUGGUGGUGAGUAAACUUGUCCAACAAAAGUAUAGGAUAUAUUUGUUGUCUUUAGGGAGAAGUUGUUACAGGCUUUGGUUUUUCCAUUUAUGUUUUGAGGUUGGACUUUAGCACAUAUAGCUCGUUAGCACUGUGAGGGAAUUUUCUGUUAAACCUUACUAAUGCAUGUGUAGCAAAAUAUAAUUAUUUAAGCCGAGGCAUUGGGCUUGAGAUUGGUAAAGAACCUAACUCCUAUAACAUAGAAAAGUGUGUUGAUAUAGGCCUGUUCUAACUGUUCUGGGUGUGUAGAAUGAACCCAUGAUGUUCAGACACUCAGCCAAGAAUAUGACAGAAACUGACUGGUUCCUCUUGAUCCUCCACAGAGUAAAGGUUAUAUCCUGCACACCAGUAACAGAGCUAUUGUUUUGGAGCCUGUUUCUGGGGAAAGAUUGUGGUGGAGAAAUCAGAAUUAGCUAAGUAACAUAGAUAAUUAAGAUGUCUUAUCUGCAGAAUAUGCUGAUAUGAACUAUUGACCUCUUGCUAUUAGAAUGUCUCCUUUCUGACUCUGGUGUUGGCAGCCGCACUUCCUCCCUCAAAUGGGCCUCAGUCACCUUGGGUCCAAAGAGGGGAGAAGUCAGGCUUAUCCAUCACAUGUUCCUGUUGCUAUGCAGAAUAUCAGCAUCGAUCACAUGUCCCUGUUGCUAGGCAGAAUGUUAGCAUCUAUCACAUGUCCCUGUUGCUGGGCAGAAUAUCAGCAUCGAUCACCUGUCCCUGUUGCUAGGCAGAAUAUCAGCAUCUUUCACAUGUCUCUGUUGCUAUGCAGAACAUCAGCAUCGAUCACAUGUCCCUGUUGCUAGGCAGAAUAUCAGUAUCGAUCACAUGUCCCUGUUGCUAGGCAGAAUAUCAGUAUCUAUCACAUGUCCCUGUUGCUAGGCAGAAUAUCAGCAGGGAGGAAGGCAAAAGAGAUCAGAAGGAAACAUUGUUUCCAUAUGUGGACUGUGUGUUUAUUGCGAAACAUGUGAAGGGAUGGCAUGACUAAUGGGGAACCAAUCACUUGUCUCCACAGUGUCUGUGAGUCAGUCACCUCCUCCUAGGGGGAGAUUGUAUUUGGGGCCCAAGGCCUGGCACAGGAUGUGUGGGGUUGGUGUUUGGAACCAUUGCACGUCAUCUCUGAAGUUGCACCUAUCUUGAGGUAGUGUAUAACCCAGAAGCAAGCCUCCUUGUUAUUGAUUAUGGGUAGAAUUUCCACCACGGCAACUAGGGCGAACCGAUUGGUAUCACCUCGUUAGUCAGAAUGUGUUGGCUUGUCCAUCUUGGUUGUAUGUUUCAUCCAAUUGUUAAUAUUGUAAUCAAUGACAUUUCCUUAGGGUGCUCAUUAGUCUUUCAGUUGUUAUUCUUCUGUUUUUUAUCCUCUUAUAUUGUGUAGUAAAUAUGUCUGUUUAUUUUCAUUGUUUUUUAUACAUUUUUUCCUGUGAAGUCAUUGUGUUGCCUCCAUGUCUGAAAUGUGGUGUAUAAAAAGCUUGAUUUGAUUUGAACAUAUUGUAAAACAUAUGAACCCAAUGACUGACCAAUCAACAAACUCUUGCUAAACCAAUGAACAAAUAUGUGCAAAAGCAACACAUAUCUUGGUCCAUCUUAGUAUGAAAAACAGUAUAAAUUCACUAAAUCUUCCACUAUGUCAAUAUAGUGCAUGGUAUGUAAGUUUAGUAUCACUUUUCAACCAACCCAGUGCAUUUGUUGAAAAUGAAAAAUGUUAAAAUCAACAUUACGUCAAAGGAUUCAACUACUGAAAACUGAAACAAACAUUUGGAUCAAACAGAUAAAUCCCAUUGGACAUUAGGUUUGAUUCAGACCCUUCCAGCAUGGCCAGAGAUGUAACUUAUAAGCACAGAACCAACACAGACCUUUCAUGCAUGACUAAAAACACAUAAGUAUUAGAUCUACUGCCCUGGUCUAGUAGGUCACUGCAUCAGACACCAUUCACAAUGCUGGCUGAGGUAACGAGUACGAGAAAAACAUGUUAUUUCCUAAUUGUAAAAAAAAACCUCCAUUAUCAACUAGUCUUUCACUGUUUAACCAGAAUAACAUGAGUUGUGUCCUUCAAACUGUUAGUCCAUAAUCAUAUUCAGCUACUUAGAUGUCAUGUAUUGUCAUGUUAUGUUCUCUAUAAUGAAACAUCACCAAGUGAAAUAAAGUUGAUAAGAUACUCUUAAUAGACAUUAAA